GUUGUCCCGCCCGCCGCCUUCCGGGGCCGGCCGGGUCCCGCCUGCAGUCGCUGGGAUGCUGCUGCCCCGGGCGGGUAGUGCUGCGGGUCGGGUCUCGCCGCCGCUCGCCGCCCUGUCCCAGGUGCUGCGGCUGGAGCGGAGCCGCCGCACCGCGAUCGUGUUCCCGCUGCAGAAGCUGGAGCGGUACCUGGCGCCCGGCACCGACACGGCGCCGUUCCGCCUCUUCCAGCCCGGGCUCGCCGCCCUGCAGCGCGCCGAGGCGUUCUUCAGGUCCGAUCGCGGGCACCCCAUCGACUACGUGAGCUCCGCUGUGCGCAUGGACCAUGCCCCGCCGCCGGCCCUGCCCGAGGUGUGCUUCAUCGGCCGAAGCAAUGUGGGGAAAUCCUCUUUAAUCCGGGCCUUGUUUUCACUGGCUCCAGAAGUGGAAGUAAGAGUGUCAAAAACUCCGGGCCACACCAAGAAAAUGAAUUUCUUCAAAGUAGGGAAGUACUUUACUCUGGUGGAUAUGCCAGGAUACGGCUAUCGCGCCCCGCAGGACUUUGUUGAGAUGGUGGAGGCCUAUCUGCAGGAACGGCACAACUUGAAGAGGACUUUCCUAUUAGUUGAUGGUGUAGUUGGACUCCAGAAAACAGAUCAUAUUGCAGUAGAGAUGCUGGAAGAGUUUGGGAUUCCUUAUGUGAUGGUGUUAACAAAAAUUGACCGAGCUUCCAGGGGAUUAUUGUUAAAGAAUGUACUGGAGAUCCAGGAGUUUGUAAAGGAGAGCACUCAGGGAUGCUUUCCUCAGCUGUUCCUGGUCAGUUCUGUGGAGUUCUCGGGGGUUCACUUGCUCAGGUGUUUUGUAGCCCAUGUAACUGGAAACCUGCUCACUGUAGAGGCCAGCUGAAAAGUCCUGCUGAUCUGCUUGGCUCAUCAGGAACAAAAGUAAGUGCAGCAGGAUAGCAAGCCUUGCUUGCAGACAUUGAGUUGUCCCUGUUCCACAAGGAUGAAGGAAAGAACACAUCUUUUAUGGAAUCUGCUUUUCCAGGAGUGUUGGCUUGAAACAGAGUGGAAUAAAAGACUGACAUCUAGAGGAGCCCUGUCCUGCACACUGUCAUGAGUCAGUGCUGCAUCAACCUUCUGUUUUGAGCUCCAGCAUGAAUUUCUGCCGCUGCACGUGGAUGAAUUGCCAGAUCUGAGGCACACCAGCCAUGAUCUGUAUCGGCUCUACCCUGGCAGCUGAUGCACAACACUGAUGUGUCCCGUACACUUCAGGGGAACUGCUUCCCACAGCAGCUGUGUCUAAGAGCACUUGAAACUGUCCAGUUACAAGGCAGAACUGGACAAAAGGACAGUCAUCAAUAGCAGCACUCAUACAGAAGAACUUAGUCUGAAGCUAUGAAGUGCCUGUAUCAAACCCUGGCACUCAGUCUUUGCCAUGUCUUAACGUGGCCAAAUGUGGUUAUGCAGUUGUCAGAGUUACUUGCAUUUAGUGUGUAAACCUCAAGAAAGGUAAGUUCUUUUCUAAACCACUCUGACAGUGCAAAAGGACUAGAAAUAGCACUUUCUUUCACUAUGCAGUUUCUUGUAACACACUAGACAUGAGACAAGAUCACAUGUAAGAAGAGCAGCAUGUGACGAAUGCAGUAAAUGUGGCUCUCUAGCAUCUGCAUCUUAGUGAUCAAACCUGUAGUUCUGUUAAUAUUUUAUCUCUAAUCCCAAAAUGCUUCAGGGCAAACCAGCCCAAGGGAUGCAUGAUCCUAGAAAUGCAGUAGUAGCUAUACAGAUGGAACAGAUCAUUUACAGUGAACACUUCAGGAAGAGCCUUUUUGUAGUAUCUUUAAACCAGGAUCUUCCAGACACAUCAAUCUUUUCAAGGCUGUAAUUUUCAGGGCCUCAGCCUUGACUGAAGAGCCCCUGAAAAUAACCCCAAAUAUAUAAAAAAGUGCACUUCUGGUUUUAGUCCCUUCUCAGAACAAAAUCUCUUGGAGUGUGCUAUGUCCUGACUCGGCGACAACAGGGGUGUGACAGAUGCCCUUGCAAGCUCUGCAGAUCCCAGCUAGCAGUGAUGGUCCAGCACAGGAACAGAGAAACAGCAACACAGCUCUUGGGGUGGAACCGGGGUAGUUUUAUAUGAAGGUAGAUUUCCCUGACUCUAGCACUUCAAAGCACCGGAGACCUAACUCCCACUUAACAGGAGUUUUUAUAAUAUUUCUCGGGAGGAGGGGUUUAAGAUAACAAACCAAUAGGAGUAUGGUUAGGGAGGGGUCUAAGGUGGGAUAUUUUAUACUUAAAGCAGAAGCAUUAGGGAGGGGAAUAACUUAAGGAAACCAAUAGGGUUCUAAAGGGUACAAAAUUGACAGGAAACUUUCUGGAAGAGAGGGCAGGUUCGGGGAAGGAUUGACAUCUAGUGGGAGGAGGAGCAAGGAAGGUUCUGGGGAAAAGGGUAGGGAUAGGAGGGAUUGACAACUGGGAAGGGGAGGGGUUUGAAACUUGGCAGGGAGUGGCUGGGUAACAGACAGGAGGACUGACAACCGAAUAACCAUGAGGAGCAAGUCUAAUUUCAGAAACAUGGGAUACAAAAGGAGGAGCCUGCGCCACUCCAAAAGACAGGGGGAGGACACUACAAAGGGAUUGUAAAAUCACAAACAGUGGGACUGACACUAAAACCUAAAGAAAACACACUGCAACAAAAACCCCCUUAUGUUUCAUUACAACCCCUUACAGUGCUAAGAAGUCUUUUACUAACCACUUAAAUACGUCCAGUUAAUCCAUUUGUACAAACAAACUGGAUGUGUGUGCAUGGAACAUUAGUUACCAUCUUCUCCAGAAGAACCAGUUUAACCCCUGGACACAUCUUGGUUUUAUUCAGAAGUGCUUCAGAUACUAGAAUAACUCCUGCAUUUUGCUCAGCCAUUUGCAGGAGUGAAUACUACAGUUUGAUUCCUGAGUGUGACAGUGCCCCUGUGACAAAACAGUAAAUAAAAUCAAGUCUUCUCCCUAAACAGUAAAACUUGGACUUAAGUGCCUUUGUGGAAACAGGCUUUGGGUAAGCAGGUGUCUUGACACACUACUGGACAUAUUUUUGCCAGGUUCUUAAGGAGCCAGAUGAGUUGCAGAGUGAGGAGUUGCACUUUUUCAGGCCAGGGACACAAAAGAUCUCCCUUUCUUUCCCCCUCAUUGAUGACUGGUGGGUGGGCCUGGCAGCACACUGAUACAAUAGAGCUCAUUUCAGUUUUAAAUUCGAGUGUCUUUAGUUGUUUGCAGUGCAUAAGCUUUACUUAAGGCUCCUGUCGUUAUGUGGUAAAGCUUUGCCUAUUCUACAGCUGUUAUUUAAAGAAAUUAUGUGUUCAGUAUUAGCUUCCAUGGAAAAGGAUUUCACCUUGUGUAUCUUCCUGGUCUUUCAGCAGUACGUUCUCCAUUUUCUUCCUCUGUCUUGCAUCUGGUCUGGUCGCCAUAACCCUGACACUACAAAGGCAGUAUUUUUGCAAGUGUGCAAAAUGAGAACGUUGCAGUCUGAACAGGUGCACUAGUAGAUCAAUAAAAACUGGUUAAACAAUCGAGCUCAGAGCAUAGAAGCCAGUGGGUCAUACUCCAGUCACAUGGCAGUUAAAAGCAGAACACAGCAAAGGAUGCAUUCUGAAAUGUGUCUGGAAUGUGUCUAGUUUAACAUCUUUAUGAGUAAUCUGAAGGAGGUGCAUUGCUAUCAAACGUGCCUAGGGCACAAAACUGUGGGGAACAGUGGACAUGAUCAAAGGCAGGGCUGGAGCAAAAGGGCUGACAGCAACUGUAGGAAAUACAACAAGACUGGAGCACCUCCCCUACAAAGACAAGCUAGUAAGAGUCGGGUGCGAUCCAGAAGGUGGAAACCUCAUAGCAACCUUCCAGUAUGGGAAGGGAGCCUAAAGAGAAGCCAGAUGGGGUCCAUCAGAAACUGUAGCGAUAGGGCAAGGGGGAACGGGUACAAACUGAAAGAGGGGAAGUAACCUUGGACAACCUGGUCUCGUGGGAGGUGUCCGUGUCCACGGCAGGGGGACUGGGAUUAGAUGGUCCUUAAGGGCCUUUAUUCCAACUCUUACAUUCUAUGAUUCUGUGAACAUGGGCACGUGUGCCUCGCUGAAGGGAAGGAAAAGACCUUGCCAACCGAACAAACCGACUGUGAAAAGCCACCCUUUCUGACCUCGUGGCUGACCCUCUUGCGAGCAGGGAGGUUAACAGACACCGCCCGAGCUCACUUUAAAACCACGCUAUCCCGAUCCGGCAAUACAACAAUGAAUGUCAUAUCCAGGUUUGGGGAGGGGUACCAGCCCUACGCCACAGCACCGCGGCGGCGCCCUCCGCCCAGGCAGCCUCGCCAGCGCCGCCCACCCCGCCCGGGGAGGCUCGGCGGGGCCGCGGGGCGGGGCCGGGCCGUCGAAGCUGUUCCGGGCCGCCGGGCAGCCAUGGCCGAUGAGGAGGAGGAUGUGCCGUUCGAAGAGGACGCGGAGGACGCCGGCGGGGGCCUGGACGGCGGACAGGGCAGGAGGAAGCGGCUGUUCUCUAAAGAGCUAAGGUGCAUGAUGUAUGGAUUCGGAGACGACCAGAACCCUUACACAGAAUCAGUGGACAUUCUUGAGGACCUGGUAAUAGAGUUUAUCACUGAAAUGACACACAAGGCCAUGUCCAUCGGGCGGCAGGGUCGGGUGCAGGUUGAGGACAUUGUCUUUCUAAUACGCAAGGACCCCCGGAAGUUUGCCAGAGUUAAAGACCUCCUAACUAUGAAUGAAGAACUGAAACGGGCCAGAAAGGCCUUUGAUGAAGCAAACUAUGGGUCUUGAUUCUGUGCACAAGCUGUGCACUGGGGCAUUAUUUGGGUACCUGCUGUCCAGUAAGAAGGAAGAUCAUGCGUGUUGUUUGGAAGGGUUUUUUAGGAUGGAGGUCACUGCUGGGAUGUCUGCCCUCACUCCCAGUCUUUUCUGAUAAAUAUUCAAGGAGCUGAAACAUUACCUGAUUGUAUGUGGUAUACUUAGGUAUUUUUAUACCAUUUAAUGAAAUGAGAAAAAGAGCUCUAAAAAUUCCUGCAAUGGCAGGAGUCUGUUUUAAGUAGGCCUGUGUUGCAUCAAGGGCUGAUGAUUCAUGAUCCUCUAAAAUUGUUUCAGUUGUCACUGAAGUAUUCCUGUGACAAGAAACCCUGAAAAUGGAUCUUGGUUAUCUGUAUAAAGACCUUAAGCCCAAACUACUAUCAAAGUUGUGCUCUUUUGCUCUGUAUAUGCUUUUUGAAUAAAACAUAUGUUUGUGCCCACA